UUUCUAUGAUCUAGUUCCAAUCUUUCCCAUUAGGUAAGCGAUGAUUCGGAAUGUUCAGUCCCGACAUAACUCUACUCCAAAAUAUGCUCCUAUUACAAAGAAUGAUAUGCAGAGCCAUAAUAAAAACCUUGACAGGAGGCUUGUGCGACGAGUGAACGUUCAUGCACAAUGUGGAGUAAGGCGGUAACAUGGAUGCCAGUUCUUCGUGCGUGAGAAUAAUAUUCGCAGAGUGCUGAGGUAUCUACCGAGCUCGCAACAGGGACGGGAAAAGUCGAGGCUCAAGCGUGAAUCUUGUGAAUGCCUCUGAAGCGAAGUGGGCGAUAGAAGCCCAAUCCGGAUUCUCAACAUACGCACAUCGUCGGGGGAGAAGAGCAGGUUUUUUGGAAGGGGUGUCAGCAUGGGAUGGAUUGCUUUCGGAUGGUGAUUGUGAGUUGAGGGAGCGGUAGUUUAGAGUCGAGUCGCUCAAUUUGUUGGCCGAGACUUGUCGCAGACGAUUGCUCCUCUUAUGCCUCUUGACAGCCGCAGCGCAGGAGAGGGAAGGAGCGAUGGAUUUGGGGAGACGGCAGGGCGACUACGCGCAGUAUGCUCAAGAGAAGCGUCAACGAGAGCGCGAACAGGCAUAUGAAGAUUCACUUGCAGAAGACAUGGGGCAGGAUUUCUUUCUCCCCAUUUCGCAUAGGCCCUCGGAGAACCUGAGAAUGGACAAUAUGGAACAAGCGUCCGUUGACACACAGCUUUCAUCGUCCAACGUAGGCUUUAAGUUGUUGCAGAAGAUGGGUUGGAAGGGUAAAGGUCUUGGUAAAGAUGAGCAAGGGAUCACUGAACCUAUCAAGGCCGGCACUCGGGAUCCCAAAUUAGGGUUGGGAAAGCAAGAGCAAGACGAGUUUUACACAGCAGAAGAGAACGUACAUCGGAAAAAACUAGAGGUUGAACUGGAGACAACUGAAGAACUUGCGAAGAAGCGAGAGGUGGAGGCAGAACGUGAGCAGAAAAUCCAAACUGAAGUCAAGGAGAUUCGCAAGGUGUUUUAUUGUGAACUCUGCAACAAGCAGUACAAGCUGGCUGUGGAGUUCGAGACCCACCUAAGCUCCUAUGAUCACAAUCAUAAGAAGCGUUUCAAAGAGAUGAAGGAGCUACAAGCUAGUCGCAGUCGAGAUGAGCGACAAAAGAGGGAGCAAUUGCGAGAGGAGAAAGAGAUGGCAAAGUUCUCUCAGCUAGCCGAAGCUCAAAGGCAGCAGCAGCAAGUGUCGCAGAAUAAGGCAACUGCAACACCUAUCUCAAGUGCUCCAGCUCCUGGAGCCUCCCAAGAUCAGCGAACGACGCUUAAGUUCGGCUUCGGUUCCAAGGUUGCCACUACUAAGAUGUCGUUUGGAUCUACUGCGAAGAAAUCGAAGGUUAUGGCUAGACAUUCUACUUUUCAAGAUGAUAGCGAUUAGUAGUGUCAGGAUAGUCUAGCAAUUACUUUGUACAACAUGUAUAUUUAGUGUAUCUAAGUGGUCGCUGCCGGAUGAGAGGCGCUUGAAAGAAGACAUGUAACAACAACAUCCUCACACCGCGAAGUGGUUGUCACUCCAAUAGAAUGGUAAUGAGGAUACUGUUCUAAGCUGCUGCAAGUUUUCUCCUUUCUCGGUAGUGAGGUCAAGUCUCGGAUAUGGAAAUGCCGACCCUCGUAGGCUCGGAUGCCCAAGAGUAAUUAAAGGUUUUACUAAAGAGCAGGUUUUACGUUGAGGUUAUUAGGCUAAAAUGCGAAGAGCGAUUUGCCUUAUCUAUAGUCUGGUUGUAGCUUCAAAAUGUAAAGCGCAGAAAUGUAAUCUGAUUUUAUUUAUCAGAGACAUCCGCCCGGCUCAAAAUAUGUGCCCGGUUUCCAUACUGUGGCCCA